GCGCUGUGUUUGAUUUGUGUGCGGUGGUUUGCGGAGGUAGACUGAGCUGGGACAUUGCCUCGGAAAUACCGCAUAAAAUGAAGCAUGACGACCUAGCAGUCAUGUUUUCUAAUCUGCACAAGCAGUAGAUUUUCCACGGUGGUUACCUGACGGCCGCACUGCAAAAAUGCCAGAGUCCUCUCAGGUCAAGGACGCUCCCUCCUGCUCUGUUGAAUGUAGAACACCCCCCUUGAGGCAGUUCAGCCAGUCAUCGCUGCCACUCCACAGAAACUCCCAUAGGCUCAGCACCUUCUGCACAGAGCACAAUCUGCAGGAAUGCCUGUCUCACAUCAGUCAGGAGGUGUCAUUGCUGGGCCUCUCCCCCGUCUGGUCCGAGUCGGACGGCGGCUCACAGCUGAAUGUUGUGGCUGUGCUGAAUUGCAUGUAUGACCUGAUUCAGUUACACCACAGGAGCUUGAGAACGCUGGAAAACAUGGAAGUGGAGCAGCUGAAACUCAGUAGCAACGUGGAUUACCUGAAGAUCAGUAACACUCAUCUAAAGGAAGAGGUUGAACUUUCCAAAAGACAAAACACGGGAUUGCUCGAGAGAGAACGACAGCUGCAGCUGAAACUGAAGAGUCUCCAGAACUGCCUGAAAAAUGAAAAAGAAGAGGUGCAAAAACUGCAGAACAUAAUCUCGAGCCGCGCCUGUCAGUACAAUCACGAAAUGAAAAGGAGGGAGAGAGAAUUUAACAAACUGAAGGAGCGACUGAAUCAACUCCUGGCUGACAAAAAGGAGAGGAAACAAGCGAUUGACGUGCUAAACAACAUAGGAAGAGCCGAUGGCAGGAGAAGCCUUUGGAAAACUGAAAAGACAGAGGCGAAGCAUGAGGGGGAGAUGUAUCGGACUCUUCUGAGCGACUACGACAUGAGGCAGAGGGAGCUCGUUCUGGAAAAUGCAGAACUGUGGAAGGUGAUGCAGCAGAUGAAGAAAGAGAUGGUGUCCAUCUUGAAGUCAAGAAAACUGGCCCUGAAAGGAGGAAAGCAGGAACUUAAUGGCAUGCAGGCUGCCUCAGACGAUGAAGACGAGGAGGUGUUUGACUCCAGUAAGGAAAGUUUAGAGCUGUAUUGUAUUCAUGCCAGGGAGAAGCUGACCAACAGUAUUCGCCUCCAGUGGAGAAGAUUUAAGAGCCAUGUUGAAAUACUGGACAGCCAAGUAUCUUUGACUCAGAUGUCGGAAUCUAAAAAUACUGACGGUGUCCUUCGUGAGAGUCAGGAGGAGGAGAUGGACAGACUAAAGAAGGAGAUCCAGCAGUGUAAAGAUUUCAUUCAAACACAGCAGCAGCUCCUACAGAGGCAGCUGAGCUCUCCGUGCGAUGACGACUCAGCAUCACUGCAGAACGAUGGCUACAUGCUGCAGGAGAAGAAGCGCCUCGCCGAGGAAUUGAAGAGCUUAGAGGAACAGAAGAAGAUCUUUGAGAGGGAAAGGAGGAACUUUACUGAAGCGGCUAUUAGAUUGAGCCAUGAGAGGAAGAGUUUUGAGGAAGAUCGGGCGACAUGGCUCAAACAGCAGUUUCUAAGCAUGAGCCCUUUUGAAAACUCAAAGCAACUUCAUCUGUCGAACUCUGCAAGUGCCUUAAUGAUCACUGAAACAGAAGUCAGUCCACCAAUGGCUCCAGAAACGACCAACGAAUGGCAAUCAGACUUGGAUUCUCGGACAUCCAGAUCUGUCUCUCUCACAUCGUCUUCCACAGCAGACUUGGACCUUUGCCUUACUCCAGAAAAUGGCUCAUCAAAACACAGAAAAUUGGAACACUUUGAGGAAUCGAGCCACCUCUGCGAAGACGUUCCUCUGCGGUGCAAACAGUGGAGGGAGAGCGACGACCUCAGCAGCCAUUCACUCACACAGGAGAACAGCACUAUAUGAAGUCAUGGAGCUAUCGUCCUUCGAAUGAGGGAUCUCUUGAUAUCUAUCCUAUAUUUAUGUGUAGUCGCAGAAAUGUGUCUUAAUGCAAACAGCGAGGAUUAGAAAGUACAAUGAAGCCAAACAUGUCCUGUUGAUGCCUGGAACAAAAUGUAUUAUAAAAGGUUCUUUUUUAUGCACUUAGUGUUUUUAAAUGUUUAGAAAAGUAUUUAUGUGUACUUGCGGCACUGCCAUCAGGUCCCUCUGUGGUGUAGCGGGCCAGGUCUUUCAUGGGGGUGGGGGCAGGGGGUUGCGUUUGGAAGAGAUCCAGCUUAAAACCUCUGCCAAGUUUGUGUGCAAGUUGUAGUGACUUGCUGCGGCGACCUCUAAAUAAGGGAGAAGAGGAAAGGACUCGCUAUGGCUACUGAAAUCAUUGUUAUCAAGAGUCAUACUUUUAAAAGUUGUCAUGAGUGACAACUUUUAAUCUCAAUGCAGGUGCACAACAACAAACACAUUUCUCUUUGAUAGUGUUCUUAGUUGUGCUUAGUUUUUAAUUCUGAUUCAUUUAGCCCUAAAAGAGGCCUUCCUUGUGAGAACUUGACAAGCAUUUUGUUUUUAUCUGGCCAAGCUCUGUAACGUAAGGCUAAAGCAGCUAUUUAUGCCGGAGCAAAUAGGAUGUAACACAAAUAAGAUGAAACAGUCUAUCAUUUCUUAGUCUUAAUAUGAAGUUUAUUAGAACCUGAGUUGCUGAAUUUUGUGUUAAUGUGUGAGAGGGUGCAAAUUCGAAGAAAAAAAAAAAAGAAAGUCAUGUGUUAGAUUUAAACCAAUUCAGUGUUUCUAUGAUUGUAAACGUAAUGCUUUGUUAAGGUUGCUAGCAGUUACAGUACAUCUAAAUGUGAAAUCAUACACGUCAUCCUUGAAUAAUUUAUUACAGGUGUUACACUAUCGUUCCGAAGAUAUUUCCUUUCAUCAAUCCGUUCAUGAGCUUGUUUCUGAUUUUUCACCUGCCGCUCUUUAUGGUGCUGGUGUGCACUUUGGGAGACCUAAACUCAAAUAUGCUGGCUAUCUUUGUUAAUGCUGUUGGGAAAAGGAAACAACUAAAAUCAUGAAAAGAAAAUCAUCUAAUUGGUAAAUUAUCUUGGGCUUGAUUAAAAAGGAAAAAAAAAAAAUUUAACUAUUCUCAGCAGUAAUGACAAUAUAUGGAUCCCUCUGUCUUUGAAAGGUCUUGCUGUCAAGCUGAAUACAUGAAAAGCAGAUUUGACAUAACCAAAUUCGGCUUUUGCGUAAAAGCCAAAAUAUAGAUGUAGUCCUAUUUACUAUGAAAUUAAAAGAGAAAGAAAUUGUGUUGUACCAAACAUUUUCUAUUAUAUGAACAUUUGAAUGUGUCAUUAAUGAUUUAACCCUAAUUAAAAGUAAAUGCAUCAACCACC